CUCCUAUUCGAACUUAAACCUACAUCCGGCAACAGAAACUCAGUUACGUUGCUGCCAUUUAAAACUAAACUGAGAAGACAUGACAGAUUAUACAAUCUUUAAUAAAAUUGAUGGUGAUGUUGAAGAGUUGAAAACCGUAAUAGAAAAGCAGCCAGGUCAAGUGAAUGUGCCAGGUAUUGAUGGUCACGCACCUCUCCACUGUGCCUGUACCAUUGGAUACACAGAAACUGUUGGGCUCUUAUUGAAUCAAAUUGGCAUUGAUGCCAAUGUGGUGAACAAAUAUGGUGACACACCACUACAUUGGGCAGUUCAGCGUGCUGCACUGCCCUCAACCUGAACAGAAAAGAAGGCUCUCUGGCAUAGUGGUUGCUAGUUAUCUCGUCAGCCAGACAGCUGACAUUCACCAUAAAAUUUUUUUAAAUAAUACACCAUUGGACCUUAUUAAGGACCCAAAUUUGAGAAAAAAAUUGGAAAUAUUUUCACCACCACACUAUUUUUUUAGGAAUUGAUACAACUGAACUGAAAAUUGAUGAUGAGUCUAUUGACACUGUAAAACAAGGCAACCUGAUGCUUAACGAAUGGUUCAGAAAUUGCGAUCCAGAAACACAAAUACACGCAACAUUAAGUGCAGCUCUUGAAGAAGCUGAAUGUUUCACUGCGAUUGAAUGUCUGUCCCUAGAUGCAAAGUGAUUUUCUGUGUAACUGUUGUUGUUUAGCCUCAUAUUAACCUUCGUCAAACAGAGACUUAUAAUCAAAUGCAUUCCAGCCAGGACCAUCAUGCCUAUUUCCAAAGAGAACCCAGAACUACAUUGUCCAAUAUGCCCUUCUGUACAGUGAUAUCGUGUGAAUUUAGCUACUAAUUCCAGCAGGUAUAUCAACCAUAUAGUGAUCCCUUCACUGGUUUGGCUCCUUUGUUAAAAAUUCACAUUUAAAAUAAAGACAAACUUUGAAAUGUC